ACUUGUAUUCACAAGCCAUCAUAUUACCCAUUGUCAACAAAAUGUGCAUGUAGAAGGUAAUGGAUCUCUAGGAAAUAAAUUAAAACUUGUCACUCUGUUAAGCCAUGUAUUUUCACAUAAAGCACAAACCCAAUUCACAAGUAAAUUACUUUGAUUUCAUCUGUGGAGUGCGGAAGGGCUUUGCACAUGUAAUUACAAAGACUCACUAUGAAUAAGGUUUCAUUUGGAUGAAAGAAGUCGAUGAAGAGAGAAGCUAGAGCAGGCUUGCUUUCUAACACAAGAUGGUUAUGGCAGAUUAAAACAACCGUGGAGUUGGUGUUUAUAUACAGAGCUAGCAACAAGAAUGGUGGCAACAUAGUGGCUGCAUGCCGUCUGUAAGAAACAUUUCACGGUCUGGCAAGUGGAUUACUUACAAUUUCAAAAACAAGGGGGAAAAAAUUGAUUUCUUUCAGGUCUAUGUGUGUCUGUGAAGUCUGUGUUUUCUCCAGGAAUAGUGCUAAAAGUAAAUAUGUGGAACUCUUCAUAAGAUUACAUUUCUUUUUAGAAGCCUUUUUCUAUGGUUUCUUGUUGACAGCGGAAAAUUAAUUUGUCAGAGAAAUUAGACAUUUGCCUGUCAUAGCUGAAGUAAUAGAAAAAGUAAUCAACUACAUUCAUAUAAGGCCUCUUUUGUAAACUCUGGACAUUUUUGAGAAGUUUUACUUUCUUAUUAAAAAAAAAAAAACAAGAUGAGAUAGCCAUAUAUAAAUUUAUGAUCAGUGUGAAUUAUAUAAAAAAGUGUAGAUGGUUUAUCAAACUGUAACAUUUUUUUUUUCGAGUGUGACUACGUAGUAAUACGUGGGGGUCUAUAUCUACAAUUGUAUUGAUCUGUAGUAAAUGACAGUUAAUUGGCCAAUGAUAUUUGUGAGUUUUACCAGUUACAACACACAUAAAUUUGUAUUGUGUUAAAACCGUGGAACAGUCCAUUCAAAUCUAUACAUCUUCGAUUAAGUUUACGGCAACUUGACAACUUGAAUUGUCUUAGCUGUGGUCUUUGAAUUGUACCAGUUGAUUUCUUAUUGUUGAUUGAUAAACUUCACAGGACCGAUGCAGAUUUCCCAGGAACCCACCGGUAUGACUACCCAACAAGAAUGUGCUGGUUGUCAGAAACCUAUCACAGACAAACACCUUCUUAAGGCACUUGACCAAUAUUGGCAUGAAGAUUGCUUAAAAUGUUCCUGUUGUGAUUGUCGAUUAGGUGAAGUCGGUUCCACUCUGUUCACAAAAGCUAAUCUUCUGUUGUGUAGACGAGAUUAUCUACGGUUAUUUGGAACAACAGGAUAUUGUUCGGCUUGUUCUAAGAUGAUUCCAGCUUUUGAAAUGGUAAUGAGAGCUAAAAGUAAUGUUUAUCACUUGGAAUGUUUUGCUUGUCAACAGUGUAAUCAUAGAUUUUGUGUUGGAGACAGAUUCUUUUUGUGUGACAACAAAAUAUUGUGUGAAUAUGACUAUGAAGAACGAAUGGUGUUCGCGAAUAUGACCAAUAUUAAUUAUGGCUAUAACGCAUUGAACCAAAUAAAGAGACAGACGCAGAGUUUGAGUGACGAUGUGUCGAGUGGCUACGGAAGUCCGAGCCCCUGUUCACUUUAGAAAACAGUUAUAUUAUGUUUUAUUUCUUUGGGAUUUCUUCAUCCAUUGAUGUUGCAGCAUCGUUUCCAUUGUUACGUUUACAUGUGUUUGGGAGUGACGGAGCGAGCGUGCUGGGAUGAAACCAAGUGAUUUAUUGUAGAAAAGGCUUUAAUUGGUUGGGAUUGUGACACAAAGAUUUAGUGAAUGUAACUCAAGAGGACAGUUAGUGUCAUCAGCUGUGUCUUACAGUUUUUGUGUGACAAGUUAUUUCCCUUGAAAGAAUUUUUUGUGCCAUAUAAAAUGAACAUUGUGAUGGUUGUGUCAUGAGGGGAAUACUGUUUUUCUAGUCUAAAGAAACUAGUCUCAUUUAAAUGAAUAUGAAUGGAUGAUUUAUUUAACUUAGUUUACAGCCGAACACUGACUUAAAGAAAGACCAUUGAUUGUGAUCAGUUACUACCAUUUCACUCAAGGAUGUCAUGGAAGCUCAUAGUUUUAUUUCUGUAGUAUAGAAUUAUUUUAUUUAAAAAUAUAAAUGCGUUGCAAAUUGGUUGAAUAUUUUCUAUAUUCACAUGUCAAUAGAAAGAUGUAUUUUCAGUUGAAGAAUCAUCAGUGGCUUGAAAGAUGAAGUAAUUGAACUAAUGGUUGAUAACAUAUAGGAUCAAAGAACGCUGUAAUUCAUCAACCAUUCUAUUUAGUGCUCGGCUGAAAACUGACUAAAAUACCUUUCAAAAACAAAUCCUUUAAAAAAUCCAAAUAUUUGAGAGACAAAAGAAAAGUGAGAAAUUCCAGGAAAAUUUAUAAAUUUUGAUCUUAGUCUUGAAUGUAAAUUACAAACUUGUGAACAGUUUUGUAACUAUUUAAACUUAAAAGGUUUUCUUUUUUGAGGGUAUCUUAGUGAAGUUUGGUUGAUAUUUCAGUGUGAUUUAACUCUUAUCUUGUUACCGGUAAUUAAAUUUCAAGUGUUGAAUCACACUGUUAUUAAUAUUUGUUGUAUAUUUUAAAUCAAGUAUCCAGUCUACAAGUUGUUGUUAAUGAUUUGUUUUAGUUUAAUCACAUAUUAAGUUAUAUAAGUUCCAGGUUAAUUCUAUAUUUAUUUAUAUAAGUUCCAGUUUUAUUUAUCAAUUUAUGCUUAUAAAAAGAAAUUCAUUUCACUUAAGAUUAAUUUUUGUAACAUAAAAUAAUCUAGGCUUGAAUAUGUAUUAGGUCUCUCAUUUUGAUCAAAAUUUUUACAGGCAUUGAAAUUGAUAAAUUAUCUAUCAAUCAAUCUAUACAUGCCAUAAGGAAUUAGAAUUUGUAUAGAAUUUUUCUGGGUAAAAAUCAUCAAACAUUGAUCAGAAAUUGAGAAAUGUUUUUGAUAAUUGGUGAACUAGAAUGUCUUUUGAUACAUCUGGGAUAAAGAUUCAAAUAGCAUUACUGUAACAAAAUCACAAAUACUCGUGACUAGCUCUGACCCAAGGAGGAGAACAUGGGUCCAAAAAUCAAAAUAAAUUCUACAUAAAUUUAACUUUUGCUGUAUUCAAAGACCUUUACAUUAAUAUGUGAUAUAUGCAUUUAUUUUCCAAAUGACUGGGAUAUUUAUCUGGUGUCCAAAAUAUUGUUAAUUUCCAGAUAGAAGAGAUUAAAGAUUACUGAAACAAACCAAGCAAAACAAAUUUUAUGCUGAUGUGAGUUUUUGGGGAAAUACAAAAAAAGAUGUGUUUGAAAACCCAAAAAUAGUUAUGUUUGAUAUCCUAUUUAAACUAAGGAUGUGGCAACAUGUGUUCGAAUUAGCCAGUGCUGGUUACAAUUAGACUGUAUAAUAUUUUAUAACAUAGAUGAAAUUGGAAAUAAGUGCUGUUUGUGAUGUACAAUCACUAGAGUAGAACCGUUCACAAUAAUAGAUGCAUUCGGAUAUGCAUGUAAAGCCUGUCCACACCAUUAAUUAUAGCAAUCUGUCGGUUAAAUCAAUUCAACUUGUCAUGGAUGGUAUAUCAUGCACAAAAAAAUUUCAUAUCAUCUUCAUGGUUAAAAGAUAAUGGUGAAGUGUUCGCCCAUAUUACACAAUAUUAAUCAAAGGAUUAAACAAUCAGAGUUUUAUGAUUAACCGCAUGCCAGUAGCACACAUGUGGCCAACUAACUGUCAAGGACAACCUACCAGGCUUUAUAAAAUGCUACAGACCAAUGAUUAUUCAUUAACAAAUAAGCCAUAGUGUUUGCAAUCUAUCUUGGCUAUCUAGGGGUGGGGGUGGGGGGUUGUUCAUGGAGUUAUUUAUAUAUAUGAAGGGGAAAUUCUCUCAUUAUUUUCAAAGUGCCCUUUUAAUUUAUAGUAAGAGAGUUGCCUGUUAAUUAUUGCACUAUAAAGUUAUGUAUGUAUAAAUUGUGUUAUAUAAACUAGAAUAUACAUGUUUAUGUUAUAUGUGCUUUCAGUAUUAUGUCUAAAUGUUUAAUGCAUUUUCAUGUACAUGUAGCACAUUAAUUAGGGGUAACAUUGUUUAACAAAAUUGCAUAAUUUGUUAUUCGCCCAUCAAACAUGAAGAAUAAUCAUUCUUUUGUCACUGAAAUCAAACUAUUACUUUUCAAAAAAAGUAAUUAGCCAUUUCAUGUUUAAAUUUAAUAAGUAGCUGUUAAUGUAUUAAGAUCAGAUUCUAUAAUGUUAGAAUUCUUUCUGUAGCAUAUUUUCAGUAAGGAUUUUACUCCUUUAAACAGGGUAAGGAGUCCAAUUAUACAGCAACUAGUUGAAGAAAAAAACCAAACUAUUUUUGAGCCAAAUCUUUUUCAAAAUUAGAGAGGAAUACAUGGUACUUAAUAAACAGAUUUUGACCAUGCAAAAGACAAGAUUAUUUUUCAGUCAACUAGAAGGGACAGGUUUCACAGGAAACUAAGGAACAUCACCUGUUCGUUUCAUAAAGAUUUAUAAUUGAAAACUGUUUUAAUUUCCAAAAAUAACUAGAAAUUCAUAUUUCAAGUUCACUGAAAUCAGUUUUGAGGAAAGUCUGUUUUUUAGUAUUCAAAAAUCUCAAAAUCAUAGUUGUCUUGUAUUAAUACAAACGAUUCAUAAAAUCGGUAUUGCAGCAUUAUAUAGUCUUACUUCAACAAAUUAAAAAUAGUUUCCAUUACUCUGCAGAUCAAAUGUAUAUAAUACAUGUAAACUAUUAAUGAUGGCACAUUGUUGUAUAAAAAGAAUAUCAUUUGUUUUAAAAGUAUAUUAUUUGUAAUUUAUAAAGUGUAUUAUAUAUUAUAAUUAUAAUAAAUUUUCUCUUUUUUUUUCCUGA